CCCCACAACCCACGCAAACCGAAACAUCGUCGGCACAUUUUUGUCGAUGUACCGUCGUCCUAAUCACACUGAUUACUUCUCACCCUCUUCCCUCUCUUCUUCUUCUAACCCUAAUUCCUCCACCACCGUUCAGCAAUCCAAUUGCGCCGCCGUCUCCUCACCGACUUCGCCGAUGUCCGACGACGAUCUCGUCGCCAGUCCUUCCUCGAAUAACAAUUCUCCGUCGCCAUCUCCAUCACCUCCACAGUCUUCUCUAAAGAAUGAACUAGUAACUCUUCCUCCGCCGACGACGAUCCCGCCGGCGUCGACUAGAUCGGCUGCUUUUCCGGCUCGUGAGGACUGCUGGUCGGAGGCGGCGACUCAUACUCUAAUUGAAGCGUGGGGUUCCCACUACAUGGAGCUGAAGCGAGGUAAUCUCCGGCAGAAGCACUGGCAGGAGGUGGCUAACGCCGUUAACGCUCUUCACGGCCACACAAAGAAGCAAUUUCGCACCGAUAUACAGUGCAAAAACCGCAUUGAUACAUUGAAGAAGAAGUAUAAGAUCGAGAAAGCUAGGGUUUCUCAAUCCCAGGGUCGGUAUGUCCCGCAGUGGCCAUUUUUCAACAGCCUCGACGUCCUGAUCGGUGAUAAUUUCAAACCGUCGCCGUCGCCGUUGCCGUUGACGGUCGCUCCUCGCCGUAAGACACCUCCGUUGCUUCCUCCUCCACCUUCCGCCGUUCCGGUUGGUCCCCGGUCAAAGAGGCCUGCGGCAGUCAUGGAGGACGCCGUUUCCCGGAGAAAUUUCUCUGCCAUGGCUGCAGCUGCAGCGGCUGCUGCUUCCGAGGAUUCUGAAGAAGAGGAGGAGUCGGAAACUUCAAGUCCGGUCACAUUUAAUGCCGGCGCUUUAAGUAGGAGGAAGGAGAGUGGAGCAUUGGUGGAGGGUUGUAGCAGGUUAGCUGAAGCAAUAGGAAGGUUUGCUGAGAUAUAUGAGCGAGUUGAAGAUGCUAAGCAGAGGCAAAUGGUGGAAUUAGAGAAGCAAAGAAUGCAGUUUGCAAAGGAUUUGGAGAUUCAAAGAAUGAAACUCAUUAUGGAGUCACAAGUUCAGCUUGAAAAGCUUAAACGCGCUAAGAACAGUUCACAAGCUGUGCAAAGAAACACUGGAUGAAGUUGACAAUCAUAAAGAACAUAUGAAUGACCAAGGAUGGAGAAUGGGUGCUUCUCACUGGAUGUGACUUGGGGGUUCAUUGUAUCUUUGCUGAGGUAUUAAUGGAAAUCUCAUCCCACUGAUAGAGUUAACAUGAAAAAAAAAUUCUCUUUGUUUUUGUUUGUUGAGGAGUUAAUGCAUAAAAUUUCUUAUGAGUUAGUUAUCAAGGAGGUUAACUGCAUUGAAGAUAUAUGAGGUAACAUAUGUUGUUUGUUUUCUUGAAAAGGGUACAAUAACAUAUAUUAAUUGAUGGGAAAGUUUCCUUAUACAAGAAGUAUUCCAAAAAGUAGAGUGAUUAAAAAAUUAAUAUGGUUCUCCACAACAUACAUCCAAUCCUUCAAUGCAGACUGGAAUAUACUAGAAAUAGAGGCUAUUACUCUUCAAAAUCAGACUUUACACUAUCAACCCACUUAAGUACUAGUUUGGCGAAAACCCAUGCUCUAUGCCUUCGUCUCCUGCUUCCAUAGGCUCAGUUGUGCAACACCAUCUUUAUUGUUUGACUUCGACUUGCCAAUCUCAAAGCUGGUGUACAAAAUCUUUCUUGGAUAGUUGGGUGUUUCAUGUGUCAGGAAUCAGCUUCUGAGUGCUUAUACAAGUUCAGGCAGUAGGUCUUAUUCUACAUUGGUUAGUUAUGUAAGUAAACUGUUUAGAUGACAACCUCUUGGACUAAGUAUGCAUCUCACUUAUUUACCAAGAUUAAAUAGCUUAUGUAGAUUUCUUGAUCUUAUUAGCCAAAAAAGAAAUAAAAUGAUCGAACCAAAUUAUUACUUGAAUUUCUUUUCAUUCUGAGGUUUAGAUGAUUGGAUGCUUUAAUGGUUUCAUGAGGACUUCGACCAACUCUUGGCUCCUCUUGAAAUUAUCUUUUUUUUUUUUUUUUGGGAUUGGCAAUUGGCAUAGUAUUAUGGUUUUCUGUUAAGGUUUUUUUCUUUCCCAUAACUUUUCUAGCUACAUAAUGGAUCCUCCAAGCAAUCCCCUGGUGUCUAACUGGGAUAGUAAGUUUGAUCAAAAUUAUAUUUUCCCAGCAGUAUUUUAUACUAUUGAACUAAAUUUAAUUUGUUCUAUUCAAUUCACGUUGAAGAAUGCAUUGUUGUUAUACUCUCUUAAAAUUGCCAUUGGAAAAAAAUGAGGAAUAUUGUUGUGGAAACAUUUUAAGUUCACAUCUCUUGAAUAGAUUGAAUUUAAAAUGAAAAUAGGCACUUACCAAUGUAUUCCGGAACAUAAUUGCUAUGGUCUUGAGACUAUCUAUUUACUUUCCUGAUGAAUUGUUGAUUUAAUUACUACAAGAAAAUCUUAUGAUGCCACUGGAGAUCUGCAGUUGGUCUAUAUCUUGAGAAUUACACUUAGUUUAAGCUUCACAGGAUGGCUAAUAAGAGCAGUGAAGAUGCAAUUCUUGUGUCUAUGUGCGGAAUUUUUUGUUGCAUCAAACAGAUAUAUUUACUCAGUCAUAAAUGUGCAUGUUCGCCCUACCAUGACACUUACCGAAGCUUUAAUAGUUCAACUGUGUGUUGAAAGCUCCAGUCUAUAGUUGAUUUUCUCAUUACUCGAUUAUUGUAAUUAUCAUUUGCUCCUCCUUUAGUUCAGUCGCGGUGUCCAUGUUAUUGAAGGAAAUUUAUGAUUAUUGAGCUCUAAUUAUGGAAUUAGCAAUCGAUAGGGUCAGAGGGUAAAGUGUUUCUUAAUUCUUGCUCCACUUGGGUUCAAGGAAGGUUAUUGAGAAGCUUUACUGGUGCACUCUAGCUCCUAAAUACUUGAAAGUUCUCGAAAAGAAGAGAAUCCUUUCAUUUUUGUUGCCUUUUCUUACCUUCUUAAUAUUACAUAAAGCCCGUAAUAUGCCAUUAUUAUUUACUAAUUACUAUUCUUUGGAUGUUAGCUUGAAAUUACUUUGAAACAAGUGAGAAUUUCAUGA